AUGUUGUGUAUCGUGAUAGAGUGUUUCUGGCACGUCUAUUUCAAGAGAGACGAACAGGCAAAUGUCAAUUCUGUGAAAUCAAAGCUGACCGUAAACAUUUACUGCAGCAAAAGCAACUUUAGUAACUUGGACUUCCUGCAAUCUUUGGAAGAUUUGGGACUCUCUAGACAUCAAUCAGAAGUGAAAUUCACGCUACCAAUGAUAUAG